GACAGCAACUCGCGCUCCGUGGAGGCGACGGAGAAGGAGCUGCUGCAGCUGGCGGAGGGCCUGCAGGGGUCGCUGGGCGCCCAGCACCGCCUGCACGAGCGCCUGCGGUUCGCCGACGAGCAGGCGGCCGAGCUGGCUGGGCGGACAGCGGAGCUCGAGGCGGAGCGCGACCGCGCGGAGGGCGAGGCGAGGGACGCCGAGGAGGACCUCCGCCACUGGCAGGCGGUGCUGGACGCGGAGCAGGCAGAGAAGGCCCGCGUGCUGGCGGCGGCGCACCGCGCCCGGGUGGAGGCGGAGCAGUUGGAGGCCGCGUGGGCGCAUUCGGAGGGGCGGCGAGAGGCGCUGCGGAACGAGGUGGAGGCACUGCGCCGCCAGCUCUCCGAGGCCGCGGGCCGCAGGGAGAUCGUCGCCGCCGUCGGCGUUCACUACGCUGUCGAGUGA